GAGGCGGGGCUACGGCAGCCGGAAAGGGCCUUGCUGUCACCUUGGCCAUGGCGGCCGGGCCGCCCCCGCCGCUGGAGCCUAUCCCGCUGCCCACGUUCCCUGAGGAGGGAUUCUCGGAGAAGUUCCUGCGCAAGACCCGCGAGAACCCCCUGGUGCCCCUCGGCUGCCUGUGCACCGUCAGUGUCCUGGUCUACGGAAUCAUCUGUUUCAAGAAAGGCAACACUCGGCGCUCCCAGCUGAUGAUGCGGGCGCGUGUCAUAGCCCAGGGCUGCACCUUCGCCGCCCUGCUGGGGGGCAUGGUGGCCACGGCUAUGAAAUCCCGACAGUGACAUCGGACAAGCGUCUACCAGCAGCCCCGGCUGGCAGGGUGGAUCCUGGCUGCGGAUGGAGUUUUCUCAGAGACCGUUGUGAUGUCUCGGUAGAGCCAGUUCUGGAGCACUGGAAAUGGGAUGAAUACACUCUGUGAUUAACAUGUAAUUUAGGCUGUGGCGCUUUUUUUUGUUUUGUUUCCUCAAGAGCUCAUCCUCCUGCAGCACUGCAUGUCACUAAGGCUCACCACCCCUGUCAGACUUCUUGUUCCUGCUUGAUGCUGUCACAGGCUGAUAAAGUUGUGUCUUCUUGGU